GUCGUGAUACACAAUGGAAUAUUCAAUGUAACUAGUAUACUAAGGAAAUUUAUAAGAGAUGGAGCUGAGUGGAAUAUUGAAAUAUUGUUAAAUAGGUACACAAUGGAAACAGCAAGUUCAGAUAAAAACAGACCUUCUCGGGGAUUAAAACAAGUGAAAGUGGACAAUUGGGGAACUUUUUUCCUUCAGAGACUUCAGCAGCUUUAUUUUGAGGAAGAACUACUUGAUCUUACUAUUAAAUUUCCUACUAGUGAUAUCACUGUUCAGGCUCAUCGUCUGGUUAUAACAACGUGCACAGAUUAUUUUUUGCAAUUGGAACGUGAGCAAAAAGAAAAAGAUGAAAAUUUUGAUGGAGUAAUUAUUAUGCCUCCAGAUAUGCCAUAUGAAUGUGUGAAAUCAAUAAUAAGUUUUAUGUACACUGGACAGUUGGAGUAUUGGACUUCUGAACAACAUGCUUUAUAUCGUACUGCACAGAAAAUGAAUAUGACUGUAUUGACUAAGUUGCUUGAUGCACAAUUUAAUACUAGUUCUUUACAAAAUGAACAAUUAUCAAAGUGCAAUACAAGACCUGUAGUAGCAGUUUCAAAGCCUUCAACCUCCAGCACAAAACCAACAACCACGACGACCACCCCCACAACACCGACUACAACUUCUAGUUUGUCAUCAGGACUUUCAGUUACACCAUUACCAGGUAGAAAACUUCCCAUUUGGAAAAGAAAACUAGAUGCACCCCAAAGUUCACCAUCACUUAAUUAUGAAAUGCGAACAUUCCACGGAUUAUCCUCAACAAAUAGGCCUACAGAAGUAACUCCAGGGCCUUCUCGAUUUGAUCUCCCUGAAGCUGAAGAGUUUGCGCUCGGUGUAUUUUCGUCAUUCGAUGACAUUACUUACAAUACCAAACCUAUUGUGCAAGCACCAGGCAAAUACAAAAGAGAUAAUUCGCCUAGCGGUAAAUGUUCGCCGGAUAGAGACAGUAAAAUUGAUACAACGGAAGACGAAGAGGAUGAAGGUAAUACGAACGAGAAAAGUCUGAAAGAAAUUAAUUCAGACGAUGAUUGGUCCGUAAGUAGAUGUUUUCAGCGGGGUCAGGAAACACAACCAUCGCCAUCAAAAAGGGUACGAUUUGAUCUUGAAGAAAAAGAAAAUAUGGAAAAAGGAAAAUCCUCCAUCAAAGCUAAUUCAGAUGAUUCAAUCAAUAAUCACGCCAGAAUCAUUCGAGAAGUAUUAAAGAAAUAUCCUCACUUAGUGAAGAAUAAUAAAAAUAUACGACUGAAGAUAAUGCAAAAGGAGGCGAAAUCGCCGGAUAAUAACGCGUCUAAAACAAAAGUUUCUUAUGUCGUUUUAAAAUCUGAUCAUUUGAUGUCAACCAAUAGCAGCGAAGAGACCGAAUCAAAGAGUAACGGAAAUGUUGAUGGUGGUGAAACUGGCCCAUGGAAAUGUAACAAAUGCGAUAUAGAGGAGGAGUACACGAACUACUACAUGUAUAGAAGGCACAUGCAAGAUGUCCACGAAGAAAAAUUCGAUCCAAGAGUUUGCGAGCAUUGCGGUUACAAAGCAACAAAGCGAAAUAUCCUGAUGUACCAUCUUUACACAAAACAUAACGUACCACCACCGAAAAGCAUGUGUUUCCCAAAAUGUCAAGCAUGCCCUUACGUAGCACUUUCAGAAACACUUUUGGUAAGACACCAGAUAAAUCAUAAUCAUCGUCCAACAUCGCGUCAACAUUCAGCGGCCAUAGAAGAAAUUCAAUGUAUGCAAUGUUCUCUGACAUUCAAAGAUGUGACAGAGCUAACAACGCAUGAAAUUAAUACCGGUCAUGGAAAUAUAUCUGAAGGAAAGGAGAAAGGACAUCGAUGCACCCAUUGCAGCAAAGUUUUCGUACGUGCUACAAAUUUACAAGUCCAUCUGGACUGCGUGCAUAAAGAUUUACGAGAUCCAGAAACGACAGCUAUGCCGUCGAUUUCUUUGGAACCUUCUUCAGAGGCUGAAGCACUUAGUCACGUUGCGAGUGGAAUAGCGGCUUCUCUGAGUGUCGGAGACAGCGUUCCGACCGAAUCUCAAGAAGCAACUUCAAAUAAUCCAGAAUACAUAGUACCGGAUUUACAAAUGAAUAAUAUUUCACAUGAGAUGACUUAUAGUACACAAGAACUUGACGAACAGCCUAUGAUCAUGCUUAUUGAUAACGAAAAUUAUCAGCAAGAGGACAAUGAACAACAGUCUCAGCCACAACAAUUGAACAUUUCAGAUAAUGAACAAAUUGUAAUGCAAGGUACAGAAGAUGGUAUGAUUGUUUACAUACACGGAAGUGAAGGAACAGAUCGGCAAACGUAUGAAAGUUAUCAGACUGAAGAGCUUACUGAAGAAACAGAGGAGAUAGUGGAAGAAGUGGUCGAAGAAGUCGAAGAAAAGGUAGUAGAAGAAGUAGUAGAAGAAGAAGAAGAAGAAGAGGAAAUGCAAGUUGAUAAUUCGGAAGAAUUGUUAGAGGAUUGCAAUGUGGAUCAGGUAGAAGAGGUAAUACAGUAUGUAGAGGAACAGACAGAAAUUGUAGAAUACGAUGAGCAAUGCAGCGAACAAAGUAACGGUGCUGACGAGCCUCAGGAAGCUGUUAUGAUCAUCGAAGAAGAACACGUUGACGAAGAGGAUCAAGAUGCUGAGCAAGAAAAAAAUGAUAAACAGAUCAGAACCAGAAGUUUCUCUGAAUGGGAUGAGGACAGUAGAGAAUUAGUUGAAUCCUAAAUAGCGAUAUUAUUAAUUAUUAUACUGGCUUAUUCACAUCUUAUUUUUGAUCAGUGUCUAUGACUAACAAAUCAAAGUGUUUCAGUUGCAUUUCAUUCUAUUUUAUUUUUAAAUGUCUGUAUGACUUUGAUUUAAGUUUUACUUGAUAUAACUAUUUGUAUAUGCAGGGUGUUCCACAAAAAACUAUCGAUUAAUAUACCGCCUAAAUUAUUGAUACUAUGACAAAGUACUAAAGAAAAAUUUGUAUUAUUUUAGCUGUAUAUUUAGCUAUAUUAUUUAGAUAUACUGUUAAAAUACUGCUAAAGAGGAAGUACUAAAGAAAAGUUUGUAUUGUUUUAGCUAUAAAAUCUGUUGGGAUAAACAUGAAAUUAUUAAUGCUUUAUCGUAACGGAAUGCUAUAUUUAUGGUAAAACAUCAAGGUAAGUGUUCUGUACCGUAUUAUUUUGUGCGCCUUGACAUUUUAAGAGACAAUAAACGAAACAGAGAAACUGCUCGUAAAAUGAAAA